AUGACCACCCCACGAGUCUUCAUAAUCCGCCACGGCGAAACUGAAUGGUCCUUGAACGGCCGACACACCGGCAUCAGCGAUAUCCCCCUCACUCAAAACGGCGAGAAGCGCAUCCGAGCCACCGGCCGCGCCCUCGUCGGCCCCGAUCGUCUCAUUGUCCCCAAGAACCUCGCGCACAUCUACGUCUCCCCCCGCAAACGCGCACAACGCACGCUCGAGCUUCUAGGUCUAGGAUGCAAUGAGGGGGUACCAUGGGGCCAGCACGGCGACAUCGAAGACGGGAACGUAGAGGGCAUGAAAGCGAAGAUCGAAGUCACGGAGCAGAUCCGCGAAUGGGACUACGGAGACUACGAGGGCGUGACGAGCAAGGAGAUCAAGAAGCGGCGAGAAGAGAACGACGAGGGGAUGUGGGAUAUCUGGCGCGAUGGGUGUCCGGGUGGUGAAUCGCCGCAGCAGAUCACUCAACGGCUGGACGAUUUCAUUGCGGACUUGCGGCAGAAGUUCCACGCGCAUGCGAUUGGGAAGCCGAAGGGGAGUGUGGAGGAGCCGUAUGAUGUGUUGAUAGUAGCGCAUGGGCAUAUAUUGCGGGCGUUUGCGGGACGGUGGGUGGGGAAGGAUAUUGCGCACAACCCUUCGCUGAUACUGGAGGCGGGGAGUGUGGGGACGUUGAGCUAUGAGCAUCACAAUUUGGAGGAGCCGGCGAUUUUGUUGGGAGGGGCGUUUAUGAGUGAUGUGGUGGAGAAUGCGGUGGAUGAUGAGUCGAAAUCGUGA